AGGACUCGAAACUCAGCCGCGGCUCGGUUGGUGUUGGCGGGAGCCGGGCGGACAGGCUGCCUGGUGUUCUCUGCUGUGCGGCCCGGGCUGCAGGUGCUCUAGGGUGUUGCUGUGGAGUUCCGCGGCCCAACGUCACGAUGCGGGUGGCUGUGGCCGGUUGCUGCCACGGCGAGCUGGACAAGAUCUACGAGACUCUGGCGCUGGCGGAGCGGCGCGGCUCGGGACCCGUGGAUCUCCUUCUGUGCUGCGGCGACUUCCAAGCGGUGCGCAACGAGGCCGACCUGCGCUGCAUGGCCGUGCCGCCCAAGUACCGCCACAUGCAGACCUUCUACAGAUAUUACUCUGGAGAGAAAAAGGCCCCGGUUCUCACCAUCUUCAUUGGAGGAAACCAUGAAGCCUCAAACCAUUUGCAAGAGUUACCCUACGGUGGCUGGGUAGCGCCGAAUAUUUAUUAUUUAGGUCAUUUUGAGUGCCCCCCUUAUAAUUCAUCUACCAUAAGGAGUAUAUAUCAUGUGAGAAAUAUAGAGGUCUACAAAUUAAAACAGUUAAAGCAGCCUGUACAUAUAUUCUUGUCUCAUGAUUGGCCAAGAAAUAUAUAUCAUUAUGGCAAUAAGAAGCAGCUUCUUAAGACCAAAUCUUUUUUCCGCCAAGAAGUGGAAAACAGCACCCUGGGGAGCCCCGCUGCCUCGGAGCUGCUGGAGCACCUACAGCCCGCAUACUGGUUCUCGGCGCACCUGCAUGUCAAGUUCGCAGCCCUGAUGCAGCAUCAGGCCACAGAUAAAGACCAAGCAGGCAAAGAAACCAAGUUUUUAGCCUUGGACAAGUGCUUGCCACACAGAGACUUUCUUCAGGUGUUAGAGAUAGAGCAUGACCCCAGUGCUCCUGAAUACUUAGAGUAUGACGUUGAAUGGCUUACUGUUCUCAGGGCCACUGAUGACCUGAUUAAUGUGACUGGGGGCCUGUGGAAUAUGCCUGAAGACAAUGGUCUGCACACAAGGUGGGAUUAUAGUGCAACGGAAGAAACUAUGAAAGAAGUAAUGGAAAAAUUGAAACAUGACCCGAAAGUCCCCUGUAACUUCAGCAUGACAGCUGCUUGUUAUGAUCCCAGUAAGCCACAGACACAAGUGAAGCUGGUUCACAGGAUCAAUCCACAGACUACUGAGUUCUGUGCCCAGCUCGGCAUCACAGACAUUAAUGUCAUGAUUCAGAAGGCCAGAGAGGAAGAGCAUCAUCAGUGUGGUGAAUAUGAGCAGCAGGGUGAUCCGGGGUCUGAGGAGUCUGAAGAGGACCGGAGUGAGUACAACACAGACACGUCGGCCCUCUCCUCCAUUAAUCCAGAUGAAAUACUGCUGGAUGAGGAGGAGGAGCAGGAGGAGGAGGAGGAAGCUGUAAGCGCUCACAGUGACAUGAACACACCUUCUGUGGAACCUUCUUCUGACCUCUCUACAAGCUUUUCUGACGUCAGGAACUUACCAAGUUCCAUGUUUGUGUCCUCUGACGAUGCAUCCCGCUCUCCAGCUAGUGGAGAGGGGAAAUCUGGUGAGACGGUGGGGUCUGGGGAUGAACAGGACUUGGCUAAGUUUCCUCUGAAGAGGCUCAGUGAUGAGCACGAACCUGAACAAAGGAAGAAAAUAAAGCGGAGGAACCAAGCCAUCUACGCUGCAGCAGAUGAUGAGGAUGCUAAUGCCGAGUGAGACAGAGGCUGGACUGGGAUAAAUAGAGGGGUGGGAUUUCCAGACCCUGUUUUUAGGGCAGAAUUUCUGAUUUAUUACUGGACUUUGUAAUAAUGAAAUGAUGGAAUUUUGGUUAUAAGCUCUGUAUUUAGAUGUAUGUUUAUAUGAUUCAGAUAUAGACUGAUUAAAAUUUCAUAUGAUAUUUGAUUGAUGACCGUUUUUAAGACAUUCACUUCCAUAGUUUUCAGCACUUACUACACAUGAAUUUUGAGAAACACUGUUCUCUAAGAUGGGACUAUAAAGAUUUUGUAAAUACAUUAAAUGCCACUUAAUUGCUGAAAUUAUCCUAUUGGCUCUUGUAUAUUACAUUUUUACUGAAUUUUUAUGUAACUUUGGUACCUAUAUUCAAGUUAUCUUGGUAUUGUACAGUUUAAUAUUAAAUGAUAUUAUAUUAAUAUGUAAUUAUUCAAUGUUAAUUACAUCUAACAAGAGUGUAUAAAUGCUGUCCAUCCUGCCACAUGAUAGAUCGAUGGAUGGUAGUGAAGUCUUUUCAGAGAUCCAUGUGGACAAACCCUUGUCUGGAGUCACAGCACCGGGGCUGCCUGGGGAGAUGGCCCUGGCCCUGGGAAGAGGAAUCCUGGGGUCUCAGGGUCUGUUCUCAUCAUCCCACACCAGUCCUCAUCCAGGCACUAGUUUAGGGAAGACCUGAACCUCCAUCUUGUCAGCAUUUGACUUCAGGAAGCUUGGCGGCUUUGAGGCUUUUGUUUCCUUCCGGUUUCUUUUCACUUUAAAAGAUUAUUUUCUUAUUUACAUAGGUAUCUGAAACUGAAUUUCCCCUACUCUUUUGAAUUUCACAACUCCAGAUUGUGGUUUUCCCCCAGAAAAGUCUUUUUAACGAGGAAAAGAAGACGUGCAUGCUUGAGGUAAUUUGGAGUAUUGAGCUCCUCUGAAAAUACCUUACAGCAGAAAGUAUUAUACUAGUAUUAGUAAGUGUUGAUU